UGCUCCGACGUUGAGCAGCGGUGGGGUCGGGGCUGCCUUAUAAAGGAAGAUGUUGCGGACUCUUUCUCCAGGUCAGGAUAACCAUGGGGCUCCUUCAGCACUUCCAGCCCUGCCUGGUGGCCGCCUGCAUCUCCACCCUGCUGCUCCGGGGCAGCGUCAGCCUGCCUGAAGGCUGGAGGUCGCUGAAAAACGAUGCGACCGAAAUCAUUCCCGAGUACUCGGAAAUUCCCACCGAGGUGAGGAAUCACAGUGCCAAUCAGGCGAAAUACGGGGGCAGACGGCGAUUCCACUCGGCGCCAGUGCGGGGUGCAAUGGAGUUCAGUUGCAGAGAGCUGCGAUCUACCAGGUACAUAUCAGAUGGUACGUGUCGUAGUGUGAAGCCAGUGAAGGAGCUGAUCUGCUCUGGUCAGUGUAUGCCAGUUCAUCUCCUCCCUAAUUCCAUUGGUCGGGUCAGGUGGUGGAGCAGACAUCAGAGCUCCGACUAUCGGUGUGUACCAGCCCACACACGCACCCAGCGUGUUCGACUUGCGUGUCAAAACCAGGAAACAAGGACCUACAAAAUCCAAGUGGUGACUUCCUGCAAGUGCAAACGCUAUUCCCGCCACCAUAACCAGUCUGACAAUAAGCAGUUUGGGAAAGAUGCAGCCUCCAGGAGGAGAAAGAGCAAGAAGAAGGCAACACGAUCCAAAAAUAGAGGGAUAAGCAACCAACAUGAUCAUCCUGACCGAUAUUAGAACUUUAUAUCCAGUGUAAUAUUAUGUUUCACUUUAUGAAAGUUCAUUAUUGGAUGGAAAGUCCAUAUUGUUCCAUUUUCUAAAGCACUUACCCUAAAGUGUGUAUUGUUCAGCAUAUAAUCGUGAUUCGUUUAAAUAGAUGGGAACAUUGCACUCCCUACUUGGUCUGGGAUUAAAUAUAUUCAAACUCAAUGAAAUAUCCUGACCAAAAUGUAUUAUAGGAUAUCCCAUACAAAAACAGCAAAACUUUUGUAAAACUAAUUCUCCAUGGUUUUUAAGAGAACUUGUAAAUGCUAGUCUGAUAUUUCCUUCAGCAGACUAUAAGAUUGCCCUAUAGGAUAGCUUUUUAUGUGUGACAUGCAUAUUGGAUGUGGCAUGGAUAUUGGAACUGUUAACAGACACAGAUCAAUUUUCAUUUUGAAGAAGUUGUACUUCAUUUAAGCCUGUAACUGUUUCAAUCAAGCACCAGGAAAACCAAGGUAAAUGGGGUCCCUAAAGUAAUAUCACAAACACUUAUUUCGCAAUAAGUUAAAAUGGGGAGAGGUGACACUGUAACCCUUAACCUUCCUAAUCUGGGGGGAGGAAAAAAAAACAAAAUGCAGUAAAUACUCACCAGGUUGGCCAACCUCCUGUGGAGAGAAACCCAGUCAAUGUUUUGAGUUGUUCACAGCCCUGCUGGAUUAAAGUUGUCAACCAUUCUGAGUGUUUCUAGCUUUUUCUGUUUUUGUUUCAGACUUCCAGCAUCUGCAGUUUUUUGUUGAUUUCAGGUUAAAGUUGUUUCUGUCCGUAUGGAUGCUGAUCGAACUGCAAAGCAUUUCCAUCAUUUAAUGUGUUUACCUCAGUCAUUUCACAUUAGUCUCUGCUGCUUGUGGACAAUGUAAAUUCUAAUUACCUUCUGUCUUGCAAAGGGACACUGACAAGUUUGUAAUAACAAUCAGCCAAAAACUGACUUUAAUUUCAGAGGGAACCCCCUGAGGUGUGUAAGUCUGAAGCAUGAAGAUCAGAACAUUGGGUGUCUGAAUCCCAAUCCCAGGCUUCCCUGCCAUCUGUGUUGAUUCAUGAAUGCAGAUAAAGGCUACACUCUAGUUGGGUGGAAAGUGGAAAAAUAGAUCAUCCAGGAACCAUUUGUAAAUUGUUACUCAUUUUAAAUUUGAUGUAUAUAUAUUUGGUACCAAAAGAUUUGUGCUGCAAUUAAUGGGGAAAAAAAAAUCCCUAGGUCCUCAAGUUAACUACUGAUGACAGGGGAGCUAGGUGAAGGUAGAAUGAUCUUUGGCCCUCCAGUGGCAAGCCACCUUUGCUCUGUGACUAGCACAAUUCUAUUUUUAUUCUGAUCUUUUUCCCCACAACAUUUAUAGCAUCCUCUGUACUUUGCUUCUUUAUAUCUGCUAUGUGAAACAAUAAAUGUUAAAUUGCUGUAAAUAUUGCAGCCAUUAUACUGCUCAGUUAAUUUAAUAUCACAACAGGACAUGAAUCUGCACAAGACUAUUUUUGUGAACUUGUGCUUGAGAGCUUUUGUAUGAAGUUUCAUGUGUGAUGAAAUGGUACAGGAAACUAUAGUAGCCUCCUAAAGGGAUUUUGAAAUGUGGCCAAAGUGCAUAGACACAAGUAAUUGUUUUAAAAAAAUGAAUUGUAUUUAUUUUUCUCAUUUAAAUUAUUUAAAGCACCAUGUUUCAUGUAGAUGUAUGAGAACUAUUCUUGCCAUGUGAAGUAUUCUAUUAUUGCAGACUUUUAAAUGUCAUGAAAAUAAAGAAGAAAACAUAUAACAA